AUGAACCUGGAGGAGUUUCUCAUUUACCUCCACAAUGGGGCGUUUACGUCUGCAAAAUUCCUCUUCACCGAUUGCCUCUCCGUCGCGGACCUGAAGAAUCUUCGUCUUGUGUGUCGUAACCUCGAUCUGGUCGCCACGUCGUAUCCUAUUGUCACCCGGCUGUUCAUGUCGUCUCAUCAAGCCGACCUCGAGGCCUUCGAAGGUAUCACGAAGAACAAGCGACUGGCAAGACAUGUCCAACUCAUUAUUUGGGAUCACUCCGUUUACAAUCUGCUCCUUCUCCAUCAAAACCUGUACCUGGAAUAUCCUCGUGUUGAGGAGGCAGAAAAGAGUGAUAAGCAUAAGCAGCGGAUCACGCAAGCUCGCAAGAUGUGGGCAAGGCUUGCGAAGCAGCAACAACGUAUUCUCGUCAAUGACUCCGAUCUCAAGGCUUUCUCAACAGCACUCCCAAGCUUGACAUCCCUCAACAACAUCCGUCUUACGCGACUGGAGUUUGCAUGCCAAUGUUGCUGCGGUUGUAUGUCUCCGGCGCAACGUCAGUGGUUUAACAUUCCCAAAAAGUUGAGGAAAUACCUCGAAGAACCGCAUGACGAAAUGUGUCUAAUGGUUCACGACAAGUGGUUUCCCUGUCGUAUUGUCUACGAUCAUCCCGAGCUUUUUUACACCGUGUUUCCAUCCCUGCCGACUGCAGAUAUCUGGAGUUCUGUCGCGUUCCGUGGCCUGAAGUGUCUCGCCGCUAACCUAGAGACUCCUCUGCCCAAUUUACGACUUCUAUCAUUAGAUGCCCACCCGUCUGAUGUCUUUUCAGGGUCAAGUCAGGAGAUGGCGUUCCUGAAGACCGCGAUUGGGUCACUUGACUGCUUUCGACUUUCUGCCUUCCGUAGUGGAGCACAGAUUUUGAUAGCGCCCUUUCGAGAUCUGAUGUCGUCGGCGAGAAAUCUUACCAGCUUGUGUCUACAUUUUGCCAAGGGUCCAUGGGCCCCCACGAUCUCAUCUCCCGUCCGUCUGUUGACGAAGGUUCCCCCUGCCAGCUUUCCUAAGCUUGCCACCCUUUGCAUCAAAGGCCCAGAUGCUACCUUGAAAGAUCUCACAGACUUGGCACAAUGGUGUGGUGAGGCGGCAAUAGGCACCUUGUAUCUCGGUUGCUUUCAUCUGUCGAAAGAUGCGUGGAUGGAUGUGCUGGAGGCCUGGAAGCAGGAGGGAAGUCUGAAGCAUCUCGACACGAUCUAUAUUCAUGAUGUGAGCGACAUCCAUGUUGCGAGGGGGCGAGGUCGGACUCUCCAAAUCUUGGGGUCAUACAGUUCUGCAGACGAGGAUGCAGUGGUGGACUUUCUCAACGGGGACGGUGACUAUCCUCUUCUAGAGGACAUGUUUUUUUAG